AUGGCAUGUAAAUCAACACCCAUUGCUGUGAGUUCCAUUCAAAAUUGUGUUGCAAAUGUGUGUCAGGCAAAUAUUGUAGUUGCUGGAUCUGUUAGUACGGGAAGUAAUUCAAAAAUGUGUAUGGAACUCUUCUUGGAUGACACUAGUUUAGGUACUGUGAAUAUAUCAUUGUUAGAUUCGUAUAAAAUUCAAACAGCAACCACCGAUGGAUGUUAUUACACAGCAGAUCCACAAUAUACAUGGGAAUCAACUUGUAGAUGUCAUAAUCAGGAGUCACUUGGAUGUGGAUCUGGAGCAUAUUGUCCAAUCGAUUCUUCAAAGUAUCCAGGAACAGCAUAUUGUUUUACAAGUUCUUGGUCUGAUUGGGGAUUUUGGGGAAAUCUAGCUAAUUGGGGUCCAUGUAUAUUUAAAGAUGAAGGAACCAUGUGUGCCAAAGUUUGGGUUUCAGGUGGUUACGAUUACAAAGUUUGUCAAUUGGGAUCUCCAGGUGCUAAGAAUGUUGUUUUGCACAUUACAACACCAAUGGAAGAGUUGAAUAUUGAAUAUAAGGAUACUGUUAAAACAUUUCUCUCUCCAGAAAGGUCAUUGAAUUUUACAGUUUCGUCAGUCUCUGGAGAUGAUCCUCAACCUUCCACUUUUGUCAUGUAUAGAACUGCCAAACCAGAUGAUUUCUACUAUCUUCCAGCAAUUACUACAAACAGAAAAACUGAGUAUAAUUAUGACAGAAUUGGUUGGUUCAAAUCAUAUGGUAAUGAUGCAGGUUUUAGGUUCGAUUCAAGUUUCAAGAUUACUGAUUUUGUCUGUAGAGAUAAUAUGGGAGGUAGAUUGGAAGUUAAAGCUGCUCCUGUGUAUAGCAGUCUCUUGGAACAGUAUAGAGCUUCCAAGUUAAACUAUCGUGUUCAAUUAUAUGAUCCCUCAUUUUUUAGUGGACUAGCUCAGAGUGGGACCAAUUUGGGAGUUUACAAUCCAUAUUGGUCAAUUGGUCAGGGUUUCAUGAGUUAUAAUCCAAGUGACAUGUCCAAAGUUUCAUUUAUUGGAUUGACUAUUCAAAAGGAAAUUGUUCCUUACUUAUACCAUGUUAUUACUACUCCAUUUACAUUAAAUACCAACUUGGCAACAAAUAUUCAAUGGUCUCCUUCCUAUGCUCAUUGUGAUUUCAUUCAAAUAUAUAAGGAAAAGAAUACUUGUACACAAGCAUGUGUCAUUACAAAAACACCUGGCGCAGUAAAUGAGUAUGGAUUCGCCUUAAUGAACAGUUGUACAUUUGACUCAUCAAAACUCAUUCCAUUUACAAGUGCUAUUGUUAUGAAAUAUCCAGAUUUUAGACCUUACAAAUAUGAAUAUUCAGGAUUGAAAAUCACCUCAACUCCAUAUGAUGAUAUAAGCACUUCAACUAUUCCUCUUUCAGUUAAUAUUGCUUCAACAACCGCCUAUGUUUCAUUUACACUUACCAUGAAUAAUUUUACAGUUAAAUUCAAAUCUGACUCUAUCAUGCCAAAAAUUUCCAAUUGCAAUCAGAAAGAUAAUCAAGUAUUCUAUGAUUUGAAGAGUUUAUCCUAUUCUGGUAAAGUAUUGGUCUAUUUUUCAUCUCCAACCAUUCCUUCAUCAAAUCCAACUAUUGGUCUCGUUUCACAAACUUAUUCCACUUCCAUAUCUGGCUCUUACAAGAAUGCUAUUGUGGUUAUUUAUGUCCAAAAUGGUGACUACAAGGAUCAAUGUGCCAUCACUAUUAAUUAUAAUGUAACAAUUAAUGAUCCUCCAAUUGUAAUUAACAACACUGAUGGUGGUGGUGGAGGUGGAAGUGGAUUAUCUGGAAUUCUAUCAUUCUUGAAUGGAUUUAGUCCUUCAUUGUCUGAAGCAUUGAAGGGAUUCACAGAACCAAUUCAAAUUUUCAUUACAGUUCUAGUAUUUAUUGGAAUUGCUAUUGGUUCCUUGUUGGCAAUUGGAUUGGCUAUUGGAUUCAUUAUUCUUAUUGUCAAGUGUGCCAUUUCAUUAAAAGGAAAAAAGAAGAAGGAGAAACAGCAAUAA